UCUCUCUACUCUACACAGUACAUCAUCUUCCCAAUCAUUCCAGAAACCUGAAAGUCCCUCCUCUACCAUCUCGAACAACCACAUCUACCCCAUUACUAUCACACACAAAUCUCCGUACACCAUGGCAGCACGAAACCCCGACUCCAUGACCAACGCCCAGGGCGAAUUCAACCCUCACAAGCCUCGCUCUGAACCCAUGGAGAAGCAUGGCCACCAAAUCGGCGUCAAAGCCAGCCCAGCAGACAACGCCCCCGAAUUCUCCGCUCAGACCCUUCCCCCAGGCACCGCUCCCAAAGAAGCCACAUACCAGCCGAACCCGGUCAACGAGGUCCCCGGCCAGGCGAACAACCCCGACGUCCUACGCAGCCACGGCAAAGAAGGCGUCCGCACCGACCCACUGAGCACCAUGCCCGGCGCCACCUCUGCCGACGUGCACACGGGCCUUGGCCACCCGGGCCAGGGCCAGACGUCGACCGAGAUCCGGCACGAGGGCCAUCACACCCGCAAGAAGUGGACGAGUGGACCUGAAGGCGCCGGUGCGACUGGCGGAAGCGGUCUAUACCCGGGAGACGAGAACGUCGAGUUCCGCCGGCUGAAGGAGGACGGUGAUCACCCUCGCGGUCCCAUCAGCGGACACAACGUCUCGCGAACUGGUGCCGAGGCCAAGGAGCCCGUCGGAGCGGAAGAGGUUGCCGCCGAGGGUGACAAGGUCAAGAAGGAUCCCGGCUACAGUCGUUCAAAAGACGCGACAGGCGUACCGGAUCGAGGGGCCGGCAGUGAUCGUCAGUAUUAAAGUUUUCCGAGUCCCAUGUCGGCAGCGGCCACGUUCGUCGGAAGUCGAUGGACUGACUGACUACUCGUACCUCGAACUGGGUGUGGUGACGGCUUUGUAUCAACAGCAACUUGUGUCUAUGAAUGACGACGAAAAGAAGAAAGAAACAAUGAAAAGGUGGUGAGCGUGGGCUUUUGAGUAGCCUACUUGCUACACACCCUGAUAGAGUGAGACCGACAGGAGGAAGAAUCAGCUUGCAUUUGCAUUUGCAUGGAGAGGGGGCCUUCAACUGAGAAUAGGGAGCAC